AGGAUUUUAAUUGUGUACAUCUUUUAGAUAAGAAUACUGUAACAGCAUAGAGUAGCUAGCGGUUGCAAUAAAGGAAGCGAAUGAAGUAGGCAGGAGUAGGCCGCAGUGAGAGUGCACUAGCUAGUAGCAGUACUACGCACCUCCAUUCAUAGUCUAGUGUCUACUCCGAGUCCGACCAUCCCCAUUCUCGGAGCAGAGUGUAGAUCCAGCGAGGUGGAUCCGCCAUCAAUUGCAAGGAAGAAGAGAGGAGCAGGACAUCCAGUGGGAGUACUACUUGUUGGCAGGAGGACGAUGCUUGGAGGCCGUCCCCUCUUCGUGCUCUUCGGCUCCUCCAUCGUGCAGUACGGCUUCAGCAAUGGCGGAUGGGGCGCCGCGCUUGCCGACAUCUACGCCCGCAAGGCUGAUAUCCUGCUAAGAGGAUAUAUCGGCUGGAACACAAGGCGGGCUGUUCAAGUGAUGGACAAAGUGUUCCCUAAGGAUUCAGCAGUGCAGCCGUCUUUGGUAAUAGUUUACUUUGGUGGAAACGACUCCAUUGCUGCUCAUUCUUCUGGUCUCGGGCCUCAUGUGCCGCUAGAUGAGUACAUAGGGAACAUGAGAAAGAUUGCAGCACACCUAAAGAGCCUCUCUGAGAAAACACGGGUCAUUUUCCUGAGCUGCCCACCUCUGAACGAGGAGAGGCUUCGAAACUCAACCAGCAGUACUAUACUUAGUGAGAUCGUCCGGACCAACGAAACCUGCCAUCUGUACUCUGAUGCCUGUGUAGCUUUGUGCAAGGAGAUGAACCUGAAGGUGGUUGAUCUCUGGCAUGCCAUUCAGAAGAGGGAGGACUGGAUCACUGCAUGCUUCACGGAUGGGCUGCAUCUGUCUGAAGAGGGGAGCAACAUUGUGGUGGAAGAGAUCCUGAAGGUGUUGAAAGAGGCAGAGUGGGAACCAUGCCUGCACUGGAAGGCGAUGCCCACGGAGUUUGCUGAGGACUCCCCCUUCGAUCUUGUCUCCUCCAGUGGUGACACCACUGUGAACCCGUCGGAGUGGACAAUCCACAGGAAAUUACCAUGGGACUGACUUGUAUUUGUGCCUUUGUGGACUUGAUUUGAUUCGGUGGUUUGGAUGCAUGCAUUUGUUCUACCUGGAUGGAAUUGGAAUGAAUCAUGAUCCUCAAGAAUAACGACGGAGGACUGGAGUUAAGGGGACCCGGAGAAUAUGAUACCAUCAUCUUUUCUAUUCCAGACCUCGUUCUCUCGAAGAUUGAUUGAUUAUUAUUGUGCUUUCCCCAUGAUUAUGGGUGUGUUUGGAUUGAUGGCAAGGGGGGCUAGGAUGCAUCCAUGUUUUCA